CGAACAUCUCUAGAACAUAGCGUUGCCUUGCAAGCUUUUAGCUGUCUAGACAUUGAAAAAUUCAACUUGCUCUAGUUCUACAAAGUUAAGACUCUGCACUGUGAAGCUAUCAAGUGAAGCCUCGAAUACAUUUACCUUUUACGAAAGAAUGGCAAUCUAGCAUCAUUCGCAUACUGACCAAAGUCGUUAUUGGAUUAUUUCAUGUACUAAUAUUCCAGAUUUGCUUACAACUUUGUUAGAAUUGCAAGGACAGCAUUGGUUUGUGGAAGUUGAAAUUCAAAAUCUGAGAAUACAUUCACCAUGGAGCUAAUUCAUCCUUCAAGUAUGUUUUGUUGGGCUUUCUUCAUUGGACAUUAUGAAGAGAUGCCACUAGUAUUAUUGGGAUCUCCGUCUUCUCUAUUGUUAGCUUAUUUCAGUACGCAACAUGGGUUGCGUCAAGUGGAAUUGCACUCUCUCACCGUCCGAGUGCGGGCUAUGGCGUGGGUUUCAUCCAGACAGAAGGUAUCUUCUAGAGAUCGUUUUUUUGGAUAUUUGGAGACUACUACUGAUGCGGGCACUUGUUGGACCUUUCAGGUUAAGCUUCAAAACGAUGGUCGCUUUUUAAUCCAACGUUGUAAUGAACGAUACAUCGAUCCUACACGUUCUUGCGAGGAACAACUUGGUAAAAAUAUUGACGUUUGUCCAAAUGCUCCCUAUUUAGCUACGAGUUCUUUCUCUGGAGAGUUGCUUAUCUAUUCACAAUCGUUUUUGGAAGACAAGACGCCAACGACCAUCAAGUUAAGUUUGGAAGGUAUCAUUUUGCAUAGCGCCUUCUUGUUUCCUAAGCGUUCCUCCUUAACUUGUGUGACUCAUGUAUGCUUACUUCUUGAAUCCAACGGAACGCCUCGUAUAGUUGUACAUCGAUGGAUUCAUGGUAUUUCCUCUUCUAAUGGCACCUCCUAUACAUCAUAUUCAAUUCCAGUUCCAGUAGAGUUUGCUGUCGUAUCACAUAUACUAGCUUGUCCCGAUUUACCAGAUCAUUUUUUGUUGCUGUUGGAAAACAAACUCUGCUUACUAUCUGCUUCCCAAAUUGAAUGCGGUGAUUUAAAAUUCUUACAAGAGACUCUUCCAACAUAUCAUUCCCCCGCUUUUCCACUUUCAUUAGUUAUAGAUCCAACAGUUCCUAAUACGUGUUUUUUGAUAUACGAAAAUGGUGCUCUCGUCCACGUUCGCUUUUCAGUGGUGUCAAUGGACUUCUUCUACAUGGGUUACCUGAAUAGCCCUUUGGGUGAUUGUCUUCUUCCCUUUUAUCCUUAUCUAUUAUGUUGUGGUGAUGGUUAUGACACUUCUGUGUAUGAUAUUUCCUCUUUAAAUCCAAGUCUGGUCACCACAAUGCCUAGUUGGUCUCCAAUGUGGGACUUCGUCUACACGGAUGAUUUCCAAAAUAUUCUUUUGGACAAUGAAGUUUUAGAUAACUCAUGCUACGCUGUUUCUGGAAUUGGAGAAUCUGGAGCUCUUGUGAAACUGCGUCAUGGUUGUUCGGUCUCGGUUCUAUUAGAAGCGCUAAUGACAGAAGGAGCUCUUUUAAAAGGUGUUCUAGGGUCUAUAGAAGACUCCGUGUUUUAUGUUUGGCUAAACUAUCCUUGGCAAACUCUGGUUCUGAGACUUCAAAUGGACGGUACCGUCGAGGACAUUUCAGAAAGCCUUGCUUUAGAAGAUUCAUUGUCCCUGGACGUUGCUUUGAUUAAGGAAACAUUUUUAAUCGUUACCGAUCGAUUGGUUUACACACUAACUCCAGACGUCUCACAAAAUAUUCUAAUGCAAUGUCCGGACGCUGAGGAUUUUAUUCUGGCAACGCAUACACAAAACAUGCUUUAUGUCGUUAAUAAAAACAAAGAAACAUCAGAAUCAUUUUUAUAUGCUUUUUAUUUUCAUUUUAAUGAGGGUAAUAAUUUGAGCAUACAAGGAUUAAGUGAUCCUAUAAAAGUUUCUUCUAUUCCUCACUGCAUAACAUCAUUUACAUUAGGUGGAUGUUCUGUGAUUACAUUGGGAUAUGCUGCAUUAGACUUUUUGACGUAUAUUGUUUUCUUGGAUGACUCUCAGUUCUCUGUAUAUGAUGUUCCUCUUAGCGGCCACUCUCUAAGGUUGUUUCCACAUGAGAUUUCCUUCAUAAAGAAGAGUGAAGCAAAAGUACAUAUACUGUUCUCAAGUUAUGAACACAUUGUAUCUAUCCCUCUCACUAUGAACGUUGAGCGUAGACUAGAGUUUGGCUUUCCUUCUAUAAAAAAGUUGGGAACACUCCCAUUGUCCUUUCAAAACUCUUCAAACAAUCUCGAAUCCAUUUAUGGUUGGGAUGAUAAAGUAUACACGAUAAGCGUUGAUGAUGAUUCUAAUGAGCUAAAUUUGAAUGUUCUUAAUGAUGUUGAAAACUUAUUUCAUUCUAUUGCCGGAAUUUAUGAUCUUCCAAAAAAUUUCCAGAAAAACAACUCUAAAAUAGUAGUCUAUUUCUCUAACAGUACUCUUUAUCUUUCAGAACUGUUACUUCCUCAGAGGACCUUUGCUACGAAAUACAAGAUUGGCGCUACUCCUAGAAGAGUGUUACAUGAUAAAUUUACCGAUUUUCUUGUAAUCGGUUGUAACCAUGUUUAUAUAGAAGGUAAAAAAACAUCUGAUUUAUUAUUUUUUGACUUGAAAAGCUCUAAAUUUUUGGAAAGAUCAUGGCCUUCUAUUGAUCUUAAGGGAAAACGGGUUUUCAAAAAUAAUGAGACGCUUUAUGCAAUGCACUUUUGGAUUAUUAGAGAUUCAAAAAGACGAAAAUUCAGAUAUUUGUGUUUAGGAACUGGAAUUACUGGCUCCGAAUCAAAUUCAGGAAGACUAUUGAUUUUAACUAUGAUUGCUAAUGAUUCGAAUAAAGUUGAACUUCGAAGUGUGAUAACUUUAAGUAUGCCACAACCAGUGUAUUCUGUAUGUUCCCUCGAGAAUAGUGGAUUGUGUUAUUCAGUAGGCCGUCGCCUAGGAAUUAAAAUAUUAGAUCUCGAGUCUAAGAAGUUCUCUAAUGGUGAAUGCGAAGUCACUACAAGAUCCCCAAUUGUUUCAAUGCACACAUACAAAAACUACAUAUUCACGUCUAGUUUACGAGAUUCCGUUUCUGUUUUUGAGUAUAUUAAGGAAACAAAUUCAUUACAUUUGGCAUGUAAUGAUAUAUCUCCAGCUUUGGGUAUUGAUUGUUACUAUCUGCCGCAAGAAAAAUUACUUUUCGGAUGUGACAAAGAGAAACACAUAACUUGCUUUAAGUAUGAAGCUUCGCUUCGCACUUCACAGCAUUUACAAAAACUGGAACCAAUUUUAUCCCGAAAAUCAAAACGGAAAUUACCCAGCAUUACUAAUAGACUGAAGUACGGCUUACUUCGAAGAAGUGAUAACCAAGAAUUAUGGGGUAUAGUUGGUGGAACUAUUGGAGGCGACAUCUAUAAGUCUUUUUGAGUGUUUACUAAAAUGAAAGCUUUUUUUUUUUUGAAAUACGUGUUGUCUGUCCCUAAACACUAGUUCAAACGAACAAUGAUAUUAAGUCGUAAAAAGUUAGAGAAUAAAUUUAAACAUAUAUCAAGUCAUAAAAUAAUCA